GCAUAUUGCAUAAGCUGACUGAGGCAAGCAAAAUCAACUUACUCUUCUCUUUCAUUCUGCAGGCAGCUAAAGGACCCCUGCCUGCCUUAUCGUUGAAUGUACUUCUCUUGCAAGCAUAAACACUUUGUCUUUGGUGGUCAUGGCCGCCACAUCUCUCUCUCUUUAGUCUUCUUCCUUUUAGUACUCACCCAGCCCUCUUGGUCUCAGCUAGUUUCAUUUGUCCCUCAAGGAAGCAAGUACGAGACAACAGACACAGGAGUCAUCAGUCUAGACCCCACACUCUCUCACUCUCUCCUUGUCAUUGGCUACAAUUUGACCAACUCUUCCCUCAUAAAAUGGACAGAGUCCAGUACAAAUUGUGAUGAAGCCAGUUCUCUCUUUGGUACCAUAUCCGUCCUUAGGGUGACACCUCUAGAACCUCCCAUUGUCAGAUCUCUCUAUAACGUGACAUUCCCUCUCAUCUCUACAAAUAAAGUUUUAUAUUUUUGUUUGAGAAAUGAUGACAAUGAAGACUUUACUCACCAAGGUACAGACCUGCAACUAGUCGUCAGUCAGCCCAGCUCUUCUCUCCUCCCCCUGCCAGUGACUAUCAUAUUCAUCCUUAUACUGAUGGUUCUCUCUGGGCUGUUCUCUGGUCUUAACCUAGGCCUAAUGGCUCUUGAUCCAACCACUCUUAAGAUAGUGAUGAGGAGUGGUUCUAAGAAACAGCAGCGUUACGCCAAAAUCAUACAUAGGGUCCGUCGCUAUGGUAACUACCUCCUCUGCACGCUGUUGCUAGGCAACGUAUUGGUGAACAGCACUUUUACAAUAUUACUUGAUAAUGUUAUUGGAAGUGGUAUAUAUGCAGUGAUAGGCUCCACCCUGGCUAUCGUUAUAUUUGGAGAGAUCGUUCCUCAGGCCAUUUGUUCCCGUUAUGGUCUCUUGAUCGGUGCCUACACAAUAUGGCUGACCUAUAUAUUCAUGGUGGUCACGUUCCCCCUUGCCUUUCCCAUCAGUCUGAUCCUCAAUCUUAUUCUUGGGAAAGAGAUUGGUGCUGUCUACAAUCGCCAGCAGCUGUUGGAGCUACUGAAAGUAACGAAAGAAGAUGCUGAUAUUAAUGACUACGAGCUAGGGAUACUAUCAGGUGCUCUUAACUUCAAAGACCGGACAGUGACAGAGAUCAUGACUAAAUACGAACACGUCUUUUGCGUUGAUAUUGAUAUGGUACUCAACUUUGAGACAAUGAAACAGAUUUACGACAGCGGCUUCAGCCGAAUGCCAAUUUACGAAGAAGACAGGAACAACAUAGUCGGAAUACUCCACUUGAGGGACUUGACUUUUAUUGAUCCAGAAGACUGCAUACCUAUUCGUCAGUUGAAGGAUUUUUAUAAUCGUCAUCCCAACUUUGUGUUCUUUGAUACGACACUUGAGAAGCAGCUGAAGGAUUUUGUGGAUACUGGCUGCCAUAUUGCCAUUGUUAAGGAUAUUGUUGAAGUGGAAGGAGCAGAUAACGAGUACAAGAUACUAGGUAUCAUAACUCUAGAGGAUAUCAUAGAAGCGAUAAUAGGACGUCAGAUUGUUGAUGAGUAUGAUCAAUUUGAGGACAACAAGACACAGAAGAAGAGAAAGAGAGACAAUAACAUUGCAGCUGUGACUGAGAUGAUGUACACUACCCCUGUCAUUAGCUUAUCCCCACAGCAGGUCCUGGCUGUCACACAAUUCCUCUCCUCUUCUGUUCCUCCUUUCAACUCUUCUCACAUCACAAAGAAUGUCCUCAGUCACCUGCUAAGACAAGACAUUGUGUUUAAACUAUCAAGAGAAAGGUCAGACUUCCUCCUCUACCAAUCAGGUACCCCUGCUAACUACUUCACCUUGAUACUAGAAGGAAUGCUACUAGUCACCAUUGGGGAGGAGGGGCUCCAGUUCCAAGCUCACGGGUUCUAUACUUUUGGUUCCAAGUGCCUCCUUGAACCAUACAGUGACACUGCCUACGUUCCUGACUUUACCGUCUCAAUGGGUCCUGUUGAAUGUCUUGUUGUCAUAGUUACCAAGAGGCGUUACCUAGCGGCUCUGAAAGCGUCUCGUUUUGAGAAUGAGCAGAGCCAAACGGUCAGUGCUGAGGUGUUCAACAAGGAAUGGGAGGUGGCAGAAACUACUGAUCUUGAGGCUAGUCUAGCUGGUAAAGCAGGUCUGACUAACAUAACUCACCUACUGAGAACAAAGCCCCUUCAAGGCCUUUCCAUUGGAGCAUCACACAGCAACAGUAAUGGUGCCAGUACUGCUGGCUCUCCUCUGGGGGGACCUGGCUCUUUAACUCAUAGCACUGCUGAAUCUGAAGCUCCUUUGAUUGAUGAGAAGGAGUUGAGUCUUACUGUUCCAGUUAUGGUGACUAAUGAUAUUAAUGAUAGUAGAACUAGUAGCCUUAUUAUUAGUGAAGACACCAUUGUAACUUGCAACAGGGAGACCAGAGUAUAAUCUUGCCAUAAUAUCACUACUACUACUUAUUAUUAUUAUUAUUAUUAUUGUUGUUGUUGUUGUUGUUGUUUAGACUGCUGUUGUGUUUAUUUCAUUAAUAUAAAAAUGAAUCU